AUGGAUUCACGAAGUAAAUUGUUUCAUUGUGAUGUUUGCAGUACAGAUUGUACAAAUAGAAUACGAGUGCAAUGUGCCAUAUGUUCAGAUUACGAUCUAUGUGUUCCUUGCUUUGCGAGCGGCUCAGCAUCAGGAGAUCAUAAACCAUGGCAUGAUUACCAAAUAAUAGAGCAAAACACCUAUCCGAUAUUUGAUAGAAAUUGGGGUGCAGAUGAAGAACUACUUUUGAUACAAGGAUCUGAGAUCUUUGGGUUGGGUAACUGGGCAGACGUUGCCGACCACAUUGGUAAUCGAUCUAAAGAAGAAGUUGCAGAACACUAUUAUAAAAUUUACCUUGAAAGUAAGGAUUAUCCAAUACCCGAAAUGAAUAAAGAUUUUACAUCGGUAUCGCCAAUACAGUUUCUUGGGGAAAGAAAAGAGCGAUUAGAGAAGAGGAAAAAUAUGCCGUUGCCUCCGCCCAAGGGGAAACCUACUGCAUCGGUGCCGUUGUGUCAUGAAAUUCAAGGGUAUAUGCCCGGUAGAUUAGAGUUUGAUCACGAGGCCGAGAACGAUGCCGAAGCUACUAUAAAAGAUAUGAUUUUUGAUCCCGAGGACCUGAUCAAUGAUAUUGAGUUGAAGUUGACGAUAUUGGAUAUUUACAACUCUAGAUUAACCACUAGGGCAGAGCGGAAACGGGUUAUGAUUUUAAACAACUUACUUGACUAUAGAAAAAAUAUCAGUAAUGAUAAAAAGAAGUCAAAGGAAGAAAAAGAUUUGUUGAAGAAGAUAAACGCGUUUAUACGAAUAUUGCAGCCUGGCGAUUUUGAAGCAUUUUGUCGAGAUAUGUUGACCGAAUUAAAAUGCAGAAUCAAGAUUCAGCAACUUCAGUCGUGGCGUAAAAAUGGGAUAAAGACAUUAGAGGAUGGGGCGAAAUUUGAAAAAGAUAAAACUAUAAGAAGUGCACACUACGCGAGAAUGGGCAAUGGCGGAGGAUUGAUAAGGCACUCUGCGACCCCGGGCAUGAAUGGAUCAUCACCACAGCCAGAGUUCAAACCAAAAGUAACCGUAAAUCGAGCACCACUAGAUAUUAGUCAUUCUGCAGAUUUUGAGCUUUUAUCAGCAGAGGAGAAGCAAUUAUGUGCCACAUUAAGAAUUCUACCGAAGCCAUAUCUAGCUAUCAAAAACCAACUCAUGAAGGAGGCAGUGAAGAAUAAUGGGGUUUUGAAAAAGAAAGAUGCCCGACAAACACUAAAGAUUGAUGUGAACAAAGCUUCAAAGAUCUAUGAGUUUUUUGUGCAAAUGGGUUGGAUAUCGCAGGGUUAG